GCGUUGUCGGAUGAACUUUCGCAGAAGUUGUUACUCUUCAGUGGAAAGGUGAAAGGUCAACCACGACGAUUGAGUUCCUCUCUUGGCUAGGCGUUAAUGACAUCAUGAACCCAGCCCCUGAUUGGCCAUCCUCAGCCCUGCCGUCAGUGGAUAAGAUCCCUUCUAUCCCACGGCUUUUUCCAUGGAGCUCCCCCCCCGCGCCGACACCGCGUCACGGCACCAGCGAUUCACUCACUUUGUCAAAACUUCCCUUACCUCAGGGGCAACGGACCGACAACGAAGCUGAAGACUAGAACAUGGGGGUUUCUGGCCGCCUCCCGCGAUCACGUCUUCGCCAAAUGCCCAAAAGGGUGAUGCCGCCAAGUCCCGCUUCACAGUUUUUCUGUUGACUCACUGGAAGAGAUUCUGUUGGCCGAGACCCCUGCCCGAGGGCGUUUUCAAGACAUAAAGAAUACGAUAUAAAAACUCAACCCUGCCCUUUUUUUCGCCCGCCAUGACGCGAUCAACCAUCCUCAACAACGAGAUUGUGGCCCACGCCAACGAAGAGAGCCCUCUCCUGCCACAAUCGCAAAGAAUGGGACCGCCAAAAGACGAUGCCGUGCCGACGCUUCAAAAAUGGCGGGAUUACUUCAUGGUGGACGUGAGCCGUGAUUGGGCCGAUCUCAUUCUCAUCCUCUGCUAUCUCAUCACCGGCCUCCUCGACAGCGCCUCGAUAUCAGUAUGGGGGAGUUUUGUGUCUAUGCAAACGGGAAACACCGUCUACAUCGGCCUCGGCCUGGCCGACCCCUCGGCCUCGACCCGCUGGCUCAAAUCCGGCACCUCCCUCCUCUCCUUCCUCCUGGGAUCCUUUCUCUUCUCCCGCUUCCACCGCUUCUUCUCGGCCAAACGCCGCUGGGUCCUCUGCGCGUCCUUCACCGCCCAACUCCUCCUCAUCGUCGCGGCCGCCUGCAUGGUCACGCUGGCCGGCUCGGACGUGCACCCGGAGUCGGUCGCCUGGUACGUCCUCGUGCCCAUCGCGCUGGUGGCGUUUCAGAGCUGCGGGCAGGCUGUCAUGAGCCGGGCGCUCAAGUACAAUGCGCUCACGAGCGUGGUGCUGACGAGCAUCUACUGUGACUUGUUCUCCGAUGCGGACUUGUUCGCGGUGCACAAUGCGGAACGGAAUCGGAGGGUGGCGGCGCCGCUGUCGCUGCUGCUCGGUGCGUUCUUGGGAGGGAAGCUGGCGAACACAGAGUUUGGUGUCGCCGGGGCGUUGUGGGCAGCGGCUGGGUUGAAGUUGAUUGUGGUGGUGAUUUGGAUAUUCUGGCCGGCUGACCCGUCGUUGGAUGAGGCGGUUUAAGACAGGUAUCAUGGGAUAGAUUCAAAGGUCAUCGGGAACGCUCUAAAUCAAAUCAUGUUAGACCAGCCGUUUUGGAGGCUGUUUUUUGUUCUAUGAAACCUAUCCGAUUCCAUAACUCCAAAAGUCUUACCUGCCCAAGACGACGCCUUUGAAUCUUUCCUCGCCAACACCUUCAAGUUCUCCACGUCCUCUCUCAUCCUUUCCUCUCUCAACAGCUUCUUGGUGUUGAGCCUCCAACCAGUCAACCGCCUGGGAAGGUAGGCUCCCGGGUGGUAAACCGCCAUAAGC